AUGUAUCAGGAGAAUUCGCCACACCCUAACAAUCCUCGCCCACUUCCGCAGUCCCAUGAACUAGUCGGUCAUUACUUUGACCAGUUACGCGGCCAAAUCAUUGGGAUAUUGGACAGAGAUAUUUCAUCGCAAAAUACCAUAUCCAAUCUAGAACGUGAACUUGCGGUCUACAAGCGUGCGUAUGCUGACCUGGACACCGAGAAGCAAGAACUUCAAAGGCUGAAGCAAGAGGCCGAGAAGCAGCUUGACGACCUCAAGGCUCAACUCCAAGUAAACGGUCAUCGUGUUGUUACUCUCAUUGACGGCGACGGUGCCAUAUUCAACCCGCAAUUCAUAGUACAAGGCCAAGUCGGCGGGCAUGAAGCUGCUUCUAAAUUAACGGACUACAUAACGCAAUAUUUCCAAACCAACUUCGGGAUGAACAAUUAUCAAAUCUGGGUUUACGUUUUCCUCAAUAAGCGUGGGCUGCUUGACACCUUUGGGCGCACGGGUGAAUUGUUGGCCAGGUCUAAACUUGACGAGUUUAUCUACGGAUUCAAUCAGGCAUCGGAGCGGUUCAUGAUGGUUGACGUGGGGAGCGCAAAGGAGGCCGCUGACGCUAAAAUCAAAGCGCUUUUGGAAAGUGAGAUUCGAUCUCAUGACAACGGCUACGUAACGACAUUACGCUCCCAGAUAACUGCUGGGUUCAGAGGCAAAUUGAUUUUGCUACCUAGCUAUGCGGAGAUCGCCGCGGGGAUCAGCGAGCUUGACCUACCUGUACUCGCAGUUCCCGACCUCUUCAUCUCCGAGAAACUAGGGACGACGAACCCUUUGGCCAACCUUUCAGUGGCAACCACAGCUAAAGAACACGGCACUUUGCCCUCCAACGAACCGAUUACUCCUUCUCGGGCGUAUGGCCACCAACCUCGAGGCUCUUACGAAGCCUCUUCUUUCACCUUGGCAGAGCUGGAAGAGACUAGCACCAAGCCCCAGUUGGCCGCAGGUGUUACUAGCACAUAUUCGUCGAUCCUUCGUACAUCUACCCGAAGGGCUCCCCCGACCCCCGAGCUGGAAUCAGGAGGAAGCACUUCCAGUGAUGCUGACGAAAUAACUACCGACCCUCGUGUCUCUCCCAAGCUAUUCAAUGCGCGACGUUUUAAUCCCAAACUCCCCUUAUCAAAGCGUACGUGA